AAGGUUCUCGGCAGUGAAUGAAGUCCUCCAUCUUGUGGCGCGGUAGAGGAGAAGAGCAGCAGAGAUGGCAGACUACAGCAGCGUGGCUCCACCGUCCUCUAACGCUGGUGGGGGGAUGAACGAUGCUUUUAAAGACGCCCUACAGCGAGCAAGACAGAUUGCAGCCAAGAUCGGCGGAGAUGGCGUUGCGGCUCCCCCAACGAACGAGUUUGGCUAUGGAGGCCAAAAAAGGCCCCUGGAGGACGCUGGUGGGUAUUUUCCCAUGCCUAACCUGAAUAUCGACCAACCAGAAACAAAGAAGGUAGCAACAAAUGACGCCUUUUCAGCCAUGGGAGGAAUGGGUGGCCCCCCAAGGUCAACAUCAGAGGAAUUCAAGGUUCCAGAUGGAAUGGUUGGAUUCAUUAUUGGAAGAGGAGGUGAGCAAAUAUCUCGUAUCCAGCAGGAUUCUGGCUGUAAAAUACAAAUUGCUCCUGACAGCGGAGGGAUGCCUGAUAGGUCAGUGACAUUAACAGGGGCUCCAGAAUCGAUCCAGGCCGCAAAGAGACUUCUGAGUGAGAUAGUUGAGAAGGGACGUCCAGCUCCAGCUUUCCACCACAACGAUGGUCCGGGAAUGACAGUUCAGGAAAUUAUGGUGCCUGCUUCCAAAGCUGGCCUUGUCAUUGGAAAGGGAGGAGAGACCAUCAAGAGUCUUCAGGAACGAGCUGGUGUGAAGAUGGUCAUGAUCCAAGACGGGCCUCAGAACACUGGUGCAGACAAACCACUCCGCAUUUCGGGAGACCCCUUUAAAGUUCAGCAAGCCAAAGAAAUGGUGAUGGAGCUGAUCAGAGAACAGGGCUUCAGGGAGCAGAGGGGCGAGUACGGAUCCAGGACCGGAGGAGGAGACAGCUUAGAUGUUCCAGUCCCACGGUUCGCAGUUGGAAUUGUUAUUGGUAGAAAUGGAGAGAUGAUCAAGAAAAUACAGAACGACACAGGCGUCCGAAUUCAGUUCAAACCAGAUGAUGGCACCACACCUGACAGGAUAGCACAGAUCAUGGGUCCUCCAGACCAGGCUCAACAUGCGGCAGAGAUCAUUUCGGACCUGCUGAGGAGCGUCCAGACCGGAGGCCCUCCAGGGCAUGGAGGUGGCAGAGGGCGGGGUCGUGGGCAGGGCAACUGGAACAUGGGGCCCCCUGGUGGCCUGCAGGAGUUCUCCUUCACCGUCCCAACCAUGAAGACUGGUCUGAUUAUUGGAAAAGGGGGCGAGACAAUCAAGGGCAUCAGUCAACAGUCUGGAGCCAGGAUUGAGCUGCAGAGGAAUCCUCCGCCAAAUGCUGACCCCAACAUAAAGAUGUUUACAGUCAGAGGAAACCCUCAACAGAUCGACUAUGCCAGGCAGCUGGUGGAGGAGAAGAUUGGGGGCCCAGUUACUCCAAUGGGUGGCCCACAUGGUCCUCCAGGUCCGCAUGGAGGGCCAGGUCCACAUGGUCCUCCAGGACCACCAGGACCCCCGGGAGCUCCAAUGGGGCCAUACAACCCUGGACCCUACAACCAAGGACCUCCAGGACCACAUGGUCCUCCUGCCCCGUAUCAGCCUCAAGGAUGGGGUAACGGUUAUCCACACUGGCAGCAGGGACAGCCUGAUCCGAAUAAAGCAGCAGCUGAUGCCAACGCAGCAGCAUGGGCGGCUUAUUAUGCUCAGUAUGGCCAGCAGCCACAGGCCCCCAUGACUCCAACCAGCGGAGCUCCAGGCACCACUCAACCCAACGGUCAAGGUGACCCACAGGCUGCAGGUCAGAGUGGACAGACAGAUUACACCAAGGCCUGGGAGGAAUAUUACAAGAAAAUGGGUCAACAGAAUCAACCACCUCAGGACUACACGAAAGCCUGGGAGGAGUAUUACAAGAAACAAGGUCAAGCCGCUCCCCAGGCCGCACCAGCAGCAGCGCCGGCAGCCGCUCAGCCAGGAGGCCAGCCGGAUUACAGCGCUGCCUGGGCGGAGUACUACCGCCAACAGGCCGCCUACUAUGGCACAGGCAACCCUCAGGCGAUGGGUGCAGCACCACAAGCCCCUCAGGGCCAGUAAUGUGAAGUGGACAUAAAGUAAAUGCUACAUUGUCGAAACAAAAUCCUUUGUUAAAUGUUUGGAUGCAGACGCCUUGAUGAAGAUCUUAAAUUUCCUUGGUUUGAAAGUGUUUCACAUAGAUGGCAGAUUACCCGGCGAACACGUCCUCUUGGUUUUUUGUUUGGUUUAUUUUUCUGUUUUUUUCCCCUUUUUCUUGUAAAUGCUAUGUUUUUAGUAAAGGUAAUUAUACAUAUGGUCAUUCCAGCCCUGUAUCUACAUUAAAUGUGGUUAGAACUCAUGUUUAAUAAACUGUAGACAUUACCAUGUAAAUCAUCUCAGUUUUAAAAAUGCUAUUGCCUGUUGUGUUUUUGCAAUAAAACAAACUGAAACCUCCUGUGUUGGUAAGUUGGGGUGGUCCAAAACAAAACAAUAAGGGUUAAAUGAAAUUAUUUUUGGUCUGUUUGUGUAUUACCUUUUUGAGGAGCUUGAAACGUAGGCAAUGUGUGGGUUUGUCCUAGAAAAAUCGACUUUGAAGUUGUGCUGUCCUGUCUCUCUCCAACUGUCUAUAAGGCUCAGAGAAACAUGUGCGUCCAGUGAUCCUGAACGCUUCAAACGUCCUUGAUGAUAGACAUAUUUCUUUUAAACCUUGAACCUGCUGUCUGUAGUUGUAGCUGCACUUGAAUUGACAGGUAUCUCCAUUUACUGCGUUGCUGUGGUGCUUUUUGCCUGGUUCACAGACACUGUUGGGCUAGUUGUUCUGCACUGUUAUUUUGCCCUGAUAGCCACUUCCUCUUCCACAGGCAAGUUUAGAACAAUGUGGUAAGCAGGUAAUCUGAACAUGUCCCUCAGAAAAUGUGGUCUCAAGAAAUGUUAUAGAUUUUUAGUGUUAUUUUGUUUGUGCUGUUCUUCCUCCAGGACAGUCAGGUAAUUGCCACCGUAUGAAACAAAGUGUGUUGAAAUGUUUUGUCUUGCCCAAUCCCAGUUCUGUAUUUUUCAACUUUCAAACAGUUUUUUUAAAUACACAAACGUUGCAAAACUCGUCUUUUUUUUUUUUUUUUUUUUUUUUUUGCUCUGCCGAUUCUGUUAGUGUUUAUCCAAUAUAAAAGCAUAGAUGUUGUAGGGUUGGGGGUGGCUAAGCAGCUUCUUCAUCCAUCAGUUGAGCCCUCCUGUAAUGUAAGUACAAAACUGAGCAAUGCACACUUUUUUUAUGCUUUGUAAACUGCUAAACGUGUAGGCCUUUCUGAGAAAUUACCCCUUUCCCUCUUUUUUUUUCGUAGGUAAGUAUAAAAUGUUAUGAAAAGAGGCAACAAGUUAAGUUUGAUUCUUGUACCACAUGUUUCUGAGACUUGUGACUGCAUAACGCUUAGAUUUGUAGUCUUGAAAGUAUGAAUUUAGAAUGUGUAGUGAUGGAUUUUCUGAACUGAGGGUUUCAAUGGCAGAAACUGUUCCAGAAUCUGGGUUUUGCGUUUAUAUCUGACCUGUUGAGUGCUAUUGUUAGCUCAUGUUUAUCAUUUAAAAGAAAAUGCUGUUCAGUGCAACUUCUCAUUGCAUAGAAGGUUCAUAUCUCCAGUGUAGCAUGCUUAGGUUUCCUCUGACGUCUUUUUAAACAUGUCCCAUUUAAGCAUGUUGGAUGCUAGUUGUGGACGUCUUUCCUGAAUUACGAAGCAAUCUUGUGCCAGGCUGUUGAAUUAAAGUCGGAGCAAUAUUUGACUGCAUUGUUCACUGAUGGCAAACAGUGCAAUAUAUCUGAUGUUUGCAGUGUCAUUCCAGACCUUGCACCUUAGGUUCUGCUGCAUUAACACAGGUAAGCGAAACCUAAGGGAACAAGUGUAUUUCUGUCCUCUGAAAAUGACUUGUACUCGUGCAAAGAAAUGCGAACCUGUGGUGUUAACAUGCCUCAAUGCAUUUAUGCUUAGUUGUAAAGAAAUGUGCCUAAUAUUUAUACCUGAGCAGUCCAUUUUAGUCUUUCCUUUGAUUCAUGAACUGCAUGAUGAGUUGUAUCACUUGUUUGAUGGUUGCAUUCCAAAAAGUUGCAUAAAUGGAAAUGUUUGUCGUAUGUGCUCAACAUUUGAUUUAAAAAAAAAAAAAAAAGCCUAUCCUGGUAAGUCUAUAAGCAACUGUUUUUCAAGGAUACUGUAGGUUGACACUGGUUUAAUGAAAUGCAUGCCACGCUGUUGCCAGAAGUUAGCAAUGUGCUCAAAUGUUAGGUGGAGUAAUCGGUGAAAUGCAUUUUUGUUUUUCUUGCAAGUAUUUUCUGUCGUGGUGUAAAUCUGCCCUAAAGUGCAGUGCAAACCUGCUAUUGAAACGUUGCUGCCUUCACUUCUUGCUCACAGUGUUGGAGGAUGCUGCAGGCUUAGGUCGUAAAAUCAGGCCGUGUCGUAGUUUGUCUUCCCCCCCCCUACCCCAAAAGGAGGAAUCCUUUGAGUCUAUCCUGCUGCUGAACGUAGACCGUUCAAGAGCUCCAGUGAUAAGGUAAAGCAGCAAACGCAAUGAAAUUUAAAUUCUCUGAUUGCAAAUUGUUGCUCAGAUUGAUUUAUUUUGCCAGCCUGGGUUGACCUGAUUUCAUCCAUGAUGCUAUAGUGUUUUUAGAGCUGUCUGAUGGUUGUUUCUGAAUGCCUUUUAUUUGCAAUUCUGUAACUUAAACUCUAGAAAGUUGGAUGAGAGCAGGAACUGAAACUUUAAAUGACCCAUACAGUGUUUUUAGGCUGAAAAGUUGGAGGUUAUCAGUUUUUAAAUCACUUUUCUUUGUAGUGAAAAAGGUUUCUAAUCGUUUUAGACUGAGAUGCUAAGUGUUUCAACACAGUUCGAGGGGGUGUUGAGGACAAAACAAGGAGCAUGCCUUAGAGGUAAAACAGGUUUCAUGUGCUGUGUAUAUUACAUUACUGGGUUGUCAUUUGAGUUACCUUUUAAUUGAAAUGUUGCCAUGUUCACAAAUAAAGUUGUUAGAAACGGGA